ACCUGGUACAUCUAUAAAAACCUCUUAAUUUCAUUUCAUUAUUUUUUGACCCAAAAUCAAAGACAUCAAUAUUUUUUUAAUCAAAUUAUCAUAAAUUCGGGUCCUAAUCUAAACCUCCACCGGAUCUCCUUGUUUUCGUCACAUAUCAAAGUCUUCUUCUUGUUUACAAAUCCAUUGGUUUAAUCAAUCCUUCCUCUGUUGUUGUUGUUGUUGAAGCAUCUCUUUUCUUGAUUUUCAAGAAUCGAAUUUUCUUUCUUAAGGCAGAAUUGGAGUUUUGGCUCUUUCCAUCUCGAUUCCUCCUGUUAAAAGCGUUACUAGGUGAUUGUGUUUCUUCGUCUAUUAUUCCAGCCAUGCAGGGACAGAUUAUGUGUAAUGGAUGCAGGAGCAUUCUUCUUUACCCGAGAGGAGCACCAAAUGUCUGUUGUGCAUUAUGUAGUACAAUUACUGCUGCCCCUCCUCCAGAUUUUCCUGCAGGGAUGGAAAUGGCUCAACUCAUAUGUGGAGGUUGCAGGACAUUGCUAAUGUAUACACGUGGGGCAACAAGUGUGAGAUGCUCCUGCUGUCACACAGUGAACCUUGCGCCAGUGUCUGGCCAGGCUGCUCAUAUCAACUGUAGAAAUUGCCGUACAACACUUGUGUAUCCAUAUGGGGCUCCAUCUGUUAAGUGUGCUCUCUGCCACUAUGUGACCAACGUUAGUAUGGGUAAUGUGAGGGUUGCGCUCCCAACGAAUAGACCUAACGGUACAACUGGAAUGACACCAUCUACUUCAACACAGUCGACAUCCCAAUCUCAAACUCAAACUGUUGUUGUGGAAAACCCUAUGUCUGUGGAUGAAAGUGGAAAACUGGUGAGCAAUGUCGUCGUCGGUAUCACAAAUAAAAAAUGAUGCGGUGAAUGCACGGAAAGAAAGGGAUUCGAACCCUCGGUAAACAAAAGCUUACAUAGUAGUUCCAAUGCUACGUCUUGAAUCACUCAGCCAUCUCUCCUGCAUAAUGAUUAUGGCCCUGAACCCGACUGAAUUGGUUGAAUAGGUAUGGUGGUUGUUCUGUAAUGUUCUUAACCUCUCUAGGAGCAUCCUUGAUGAUGAUUCGGUAUACAGGCACCUAGCUAUUCUCUUUUCCGAUCUUUCUUUCUUAACUGAACUUCCGUGAGGAAUCUCACUACGACCUUCCUCGUAUCUGGAUACCUAGAUAUGCAUUGGCAUUUUUAUUUUAAGAGUGUCAUCUUAAGAAAUAUUUAAAUAUAAAUAAUUUUAAAAAUUUAUUUAAUUCUAAUUGUUUAUAUUA